AUUCACUCUCUCGCUCUCUGUAAACUAACUCCUUUUUCUCUUUCAGAGCAAUCAAUAGUUGCUCUGUUUUAUGUCUGACUGUUGAAAGUUAGUUUACAAAUUACACACAUUUUACACACACACAUAGAAAGAGAGAGAGAGAAAAGGAGAGUGCGCUAGCUAUUAAUCAAUGGAUUUGAAGAAAAUUCUGUGCCUGUUUUGUUUGGUGCUUCUUUCAGGAGCUUGGGCUCGUGAGCUUCAAAAACAUCAAUCACGCCAAUUUAGUNGUGCUGAGAAAGAGAAGUUGCAGAGCUCGAAGAACUCAACAAUGGCGGAUGAAUCGGACGGUUAUAACAAAGAAGAAGGUUUGAAGGAAGAUUCGAUGGACGAUCCAGAUGAGGUUGCAAGAGGGGUACAAAUGGCUACAAGCAACAGCACUGAGCGUCGCAACCUAGGCUUCCUUUCGUGUGCGAAAGGGAACCCAAUCGACGACUGCUGGAUGUGCGACCCCAACUGGCACAAAAAUCGCAAGCGCCUCGCCGACUGCGGCAUCGGCUUCGGCCGCAAUGCCAUCGGCGGCCGCAACGGCCGCUUCUACGUGGUGACCGACCCUCGCGACGACGACCCUGUCAACCCCCGCAAGGGCACCCUCCGAUACGCGGUCAUCCAGGACGAGCCCCUCUGGAUCGUCUUCAAGCGCGACAUGACCAUCACACUGAAAGAAGAACUCAUCAUGAACAGCUUCAAGACGAUCGACGGCCGCGGGGCCAACGUCCACAUAGCCAACGGCGCCUGCCUCACCAUACAAUACGUCACGAACAUCAUAAUCCACGGCCUCCACAUCCACGACUGCAAGCCCACGGGGAACGCUAUGGUGCGGAGCUCCCCCACGCACUACGGGUGGAGGACGAUGGCCGAUGGUGACGCAAUCUCGAUCUUCGGGUCGAGUCAUAUUUGGGUCGACCACAACUCGCUCUCCAACUGCGCCGACGGUCUCGUGGACGCGGUCAUGGGCUCGACUGCCAUCACCAUCUCCAACAACUACUUCACGCACCAUAACGAGGUCAUGCUGUUGGGGCACAGCGAUAGUUACACGCUGGAUAAGCAGAUGCAGGUCACUAUUGCGUUCAACCAUUUCGGUGAAGGUCUCAUUCAGAGGAUGCCGAGGUGCAGGCACGGGUACUUCCACGUGGUGAACAAUGACUAUACGCAUUGGGAGAUGUACGCCAUCGGGGGGAGUGCAGAACCGACUAUUAAUAGCCAGGGAAAUCGCUAUCUCGCCCCCGCCAAUCCUUUUGCAAAGGAGGUGACAAAGAGAGAAUACACAGCCGAAAACAAGUGGAAGGGCUGGAAUUGGAGGUCGGAAGGUGAUCUCUUUCUCAACGGCGCUUAUUUCACGUCAUCAGGAGCUAGGACUGCAGCUAGCUAUGCUAGAGCCUCGAGUCUCGGAGCUAAGCCCUCUUCAAUGGUUGGUGUUAUUACUUCUAAUGCCGGAGUCACCAAGUGCCGCAGGGGCCGCGGGUGCUAACACUCACCCCAUUCAAUCCUAAAAAUUGAAAACCAGACCUUUUUUUUUUUUCUUUCUUUCUUA